AUGGAGGCAACAUCAGAUACGCCAAGUGCAGCCGAUGCCGCGGCCCCUCAAACCAACAACGCCCGUAACCGCGCACGGCACAACCAGCUCCACAGCCACGGCAACUACCACAACUACUACUCCUUCCGCGCCCAGCAGGUACCCGAUCCCCGUCUCGCCCUCCUCGCGUCCCAUCUCCUCUCCAAGCGCGUCUUAGAUCUCGGAUGCAACGCCGGCAAACUCACCAAAGAGGUCAUCACGCACUUCUCCGCCGCCUCCGCACUAGGCGCCGAUCUCGACCCGGUGCUCAUCGCACAGGCCGAGGCCGCGCCCUCGCCACGGAACUGCACCUUUCGGCUGCAGGACUUUCUCGUCCCGGGCUGGGUUGCGACCGCCGCCGAGGAGCGGUUUGACAUCGUGCUGCUACUCAGCGUGACGAAGUGGAUCCACCUGAACGCGCUCGACGCGGGGCUGUUGGCCCUGUUCCGCGAGGUGCACGAUCGCAUGCUGGUGGAGGGCGGGGUGUUGGUUGUCGAGCCGCAGGAGUGGGACAACUACAAGCGGGCGGUGCGGAAGGCGCCGCAUCUGAAGCCCGGCUUUGCGAUGUUGGAGUUGCGGCCGCCGUUCUUGGAGGCGUUGGCCGGGGUGGGGUUCACUCUUGAAGAGGAUAUCGCGCGGGAGGAGGGCGGGUUUAGUCGGCCACUGCAUGUUUGGCGGAAGGGGCCUUCUCCUGGAUGA